AUGAAGAGCCUCAACAUUCUCCACAUUAUAAUUAUUGGCGCCACCGGAACUGGUACAAUUCCGGCGAAUUUCUCCACUCUCAAUGUUUCUUUACGGAGUAGCGGAUCCACACUCGCAGCUCCACCUUCCUUUCACGGUGCUCUGGGUUUAGCUCAUCAUCCUCGCUACGAAGAGAGCUUUGGACACACUACUGCUUUGUUCGGGUUUCAUCAACACCAGCAACAGCAGCAGCAUCAUCUAUUGACUGCAGAUCAAAUGGAGGAAGCGCUUCCUGGUGGUGGAAAUGGAAGAGAUAGUGGGGGUGGAGAUACGAGCGAAAGCUAUAUAAGAAAACGCUUCAGAGAAGAUUUGUUCAAAGAACAUGAUCAACCACGUAGCGAAAGUGGUGGAGGCGAUGAAGGAGGAGGAUCUAAAUUAUCCAAAACCGAAGCAGCAUCUUCGGGUGUACUAAGGCCCUCCAAUACGCUCCCUACCGCCAUGUGGGCUGUGGCACCCGCGCCAACUAGCGGAGCAGCCGGAAGCACAUUCUGGAUGCUACCUGUUACCGCUGGUGCUGGUGGUGGUCCACCUUCAACCACCGCAGGGCCUUUGGAACAACAGCGACAGCCGCAGAUUUGGCCUUUUGGCACGACUGUGCCGGGAGGUGGUGGAAACACAUUGCAAGCGCCAUUACAUUUUAUGCCAAGAUUUAACAUUCCAGGAGGCAUUGAUUUUCAGGCUGGGCAAACAAGUCCACUACAGCUUGGUUCCAUGUUAAUGCAGCAGCAGCAGCCAUCGCAGCAUCUGGGGUUGGGAAUGUCUGAGUCCAACAUGGGAAUGUUGGCAGCUCUGAAUGCUUACUCCAGAGGUGGCUUGAAUAUGAAUUCUGAACAAGAUAACCCAUUGGAGAAACACCAACAACAUCACCAUCAGCAGCAACACCAACAACAGCAGCCUCAUAAUACUGACAGUGGAGAUGAAGAUCCCAAUAGUUCUCAAUGAGUCACACAAGAUGGUGAUGAUGAUGAUGGUUGUUCUUAAUUUGGGUAAAAAUAAUAUUCCUUUUGAGCUACCUCCAUUUUUUCCCCCUAUUUUUGGGUUUUCUUAAAAAAAUUAGAAUGAGCAAAUAGAGAUUUGUUGGGUUUGUUUUUUGCAGUUUGGAAGUUGAGUUUGUGAGAAUGAGCAUUUCAGUGCUUCAAUAUGGGAUUUUUUCCUCAGGAUGUUGUGUUGUGGAAGAGUUUGAGAUGUAAUUUGUUAGUUGAUUUGGUCCAAAGGGACCGAAAUAGAGGAGAGUGUUUGUAUACAAAGAUAUUUGUUUGUGUUUAGUAUUUAACUAUAUAUCCUUAUUUGCUUUAAUUACUCUGUGGUCGAUAGAUUUUAA